GCCAUGCCGGCCACCGCGCGCCUCUCCUGCCCGGCGCGCCGCGAUGACGGCGCGGGCGGGGCGUGACGUCAGUGGCGCGCCAGGCUGCGGAGCGACAGGUCUGGUUUGUCCCGCGUGGGGUGGCGGCAUGGAGGGGGACGCCGGCCCCGGGGGCGCGCGACGGGCGCUGGGCCACCUAGUGGAAGCGGUGCUAGCCAGCCGCGGCGAGGCCAACGCCGUGUUCGACAUCCUGGCCGUUCUGCAGUCUGAGGACCAGGAGGAGAUCCAGGAAGCGGUGCAUGCAUGCAGCCGACUUUUCGGGGCCCUGCUGGCCCGAGGAGAACUGUUUGUGGGCCCACUGCCCUCUGAGGAGAUAGUCCUGACAGGGUCCCGCGGGGCCACUCGCAAAUACAAGGUGUGGAUGCGGCACCGGUACCAGAGCUGCUGCAACCGCCUGGGGGAGCUGUUGGCUCACCUCUCCUUUCAGGUCAAGGAGCUGGCCCUCAGCACACUCAUGAAGUUUGUGCAGCUGGAGGGUGAGCACCCGCUGGAGCAGCCCAAGUGGGAAGGCAACUAUCUGUUCCCCCACCAGCUCUUCAGGUUGGUGGUGGGAGGCCUCCUAUCUCCAGAGGAGGACCGCUCCCUGCUCCUCUCCCAGUUCCGGGAGUAUUUGGAGCACGACGACAUCCGCUACCACACGAUGCAGGCCGCCUCCGACACCGUGGCCCGGGCCACCGAUGGGCGCCCUGAGGUGCCCCUCGCUUUCUGGAACAAUGCCUUCAUGCUGCUGUCCUCCGUGAGCCUGCCCCGCCAGGAGGGCACCCUCUCCAGCUUUUAUGUGAAACACACAGAGCUGUCAGACAAGUGGAAGGUCAUUCAUCUGAAGGAACACAGGAAGGCCUUCCAGCAGAUGUGGCUCCGCUUCCUCAAGCACCAGCUGCCUCUCCGCGUCUGCAAGAAGGUGCUGGUGAUCAUGCACGACUCCAUCCUGCCCCACCUGGCGCAGCCCAGCCUCAUGAUCGACUUCCUCACCCGCGCCUACGACAUCGGUGGAGCCAUCAGCCUGCUGGCCUUGAAUGGACUUUUCAUCUUGAUUCAUAAACAUAACCUGGAGUACCCUGAUUUCUACCGGAAGCUGUAUGGUCUCCUUGAUCCGUCCGUCUUCCACGUGAAGUACCGGGCCCGCUUCUUCCACUUGGCUGACCUCUUCCUGUCGUCCUCGCACCUGCCUGCCUACCUGGUGGCUGCCUUCGCCAAGCGCCUGGCCCGCCUGGCCCUGACGGCACCCCCUGAGGCCCUGCUCAUGGUCCUGCCCUUCAUCUGCAACCUGCUGCGCAGACACCCAGCCUGCCGGGUCCUCAUGCAUCGGCCCCGGGGCCCUGAGCUGGAUGCCGACCCCUAUGACCCCACAGAGGAGGACCCGGCCCAGAGCCGAGCCCUGGAGAGCUCCCUGUGGGAGCUGCAGGCCCUCCAGCAGCAUUACCACCCUGAGGUGUCCAAGGCCGCCAGCGCCAUCAACCAGGCACUGUCCGUGCCCGAGGUCAGCAUUGCCCCACUGCUGGAGGUCACCGCCUUUGAGAUCUUCGAGCGGGACCUGAAGAAGAAGGGGCCUGAGUCGGUGCCACUGGAGUUCAUCCCAGCGCAGGGCCUGCUGGGCCGGCGGGAGGACCUCUGUGCCCAGCUCUUCACACUGAGCUGACCCUGUGCACCCUGCUCCCCACCACCCCCCAGAAGUGGUUUCAUAGGAGAGCUGUUCGGGUGGGCUGGUGGGUGGGGGUCUAGGGAAGCCCACCCCCGUUCCUGUGCCUGUGGGGCUGGGGUCAGUGCUGGCAGCGUGCCCUCAUGACUGCAGUUGCUGGCCUCGCUGGAACAUGCUACCCAGGGACCCUCCAUUCUCUGCAGUCUGGUGGGGAUACAGGUGGGGGUUUAUGUAGGGGAGGAUACAGGAGCAGUCCCUGCCCCCAGGGGCAGUUACAAGCAUGCUGGUUCAUCCCUCCAGCCCCUCCACGCCCUGAGCAGAGCAGGCACCUUGGCCACGGGCCAGCAGCUGCUUGUGUUUCCAGGGUGGUUAUUUUUUUUUUAGUCUCCUGUUUUACCAUGGAUCCCUGGUUCUCCAUCUACAGCAGUGACCCCAUUUCUUUAAGAAACUGGUUUAUUCAAGCACACAACUGGUGCUAGCUUACAUGUGGCAGGGACUGAGCGAGCUGGGGCGGGGGCAGGGAGCAGGCGGUGGCUCUCAAGCCCAGCAGGGAGAGACCCUCGCUGCCCCCAGCAGCCUCCUGUCCCCACCAUGUUCUGGGCACACCCCUCCCCCGCCUCCGCCUGCACCCCCGUCCAGAGGAGCAGGGCGGGAGCUCACAGCAGACACCCUGGGAGUCACAGCAGGGAAUAGUUCAGCCAGUUUGGUCUCCGGGGACCCUCACUGCCGGCCCAGGGUCCCAGUGUGCGCUCAGCACCCCGUUGGGAGCAGCACACGGCACGGCCCCGCUGUCCUGAGAGACCCAGGGACGCUCCUCCCUACCCUGGAGAUCGCCUUGUCCCUGGGGCGCAGGGCCUGCCUCGGGGUUGGGGGCCCUCAUGCCCGUUCAUGGUGAGUGGUUUCCAGGGUCCCGGACAGCCUGGCACCAAGAGUGUCCAGAGGCUGCCAUGGCCUCAUCGGGACACCAGGGGGCAGUGCUGGACGGGCCUGAGUCUCGCUUUUCUUGAAAAAUAGCAGGAUGUAAAAAUUUUAAAUAAAUUAUGAAAUGCGAA